AUGACUAAAGCUGAAGUGAGGCACAGUAAUGGGGAUAUUGACCAAUGGCUGAAGACAAUGGAAAUUGCCUCAGACUUUGCAUUGACUGAGGUGUUUUCCCUGAAGAAGGCCCAUUCUGGGAUAAGCAGCCAGACAAUGGCACUAAAAAAUACAGAGCAGCUGCUGGAUCAUGACGAAGCAUACGGGGAAGCUCAGGCUCUUCUUAGUGAUUGGAUGAACAGCAAGUUGCGUCUGGAACUGGAGAUAGAGGAGGAUGUGAUUGUCUCCCCUGAGAAGAACAGUCUCUUACCUGCCAUCUACCUGUAUUUCCACCUGGCUAAGGAGGAGGAGAGCUCAGUGGUCAACAACUUCCUUCAAGACCUCAUGGAGUGGGAAGUGGUGGAUUCUGGGAUAGUGCAGGAUCUGGCACUAGACUCAGAAGAGCGAGACAGGAGGAAGAGAAGGGGGAUGGGCCUCACCUUGGAGGCGCGUCAACGACAGCGGGAGAGGCUACACAGGGAAAGGGAGGCGCGGAGGCAGGCCAGGGAGGAGGCGCAGAGGAGGGAGCAGGAGGGGGAGAGGCUACACAGGGAAAGGGAGGCGCGGAGGCAGGCCAGGGAGAAGGCGCAGAGGAGGGAGCAGGAGGGGGAGAGGCUACACAGGGAAAAGGAGGCACGGAGGCAGGCCAGGGAGGAGGCGCAGAGGAGGGAGCAGGAGCGGGAGAGGCUACACAGGGAAAGGGAGGCGCGGAGGCAGGCCAGGGAGGAGGCGCAGAGGAGGGAGCAGGAGGGGGAGAGGCGGAGGAGGCAGGAGGCGCGCAGACAGGAGGAAAUGGUGCAGCAGGAGAUGUGUCUACAGAGGCACUUCUCUGGCUGGUACUGUGUGCUGUUGGAGAGGAGGGUGCGGAUGGGCAAGGUGGCGGCGCUCUGUGAUUGGAAGAGGGAGCUGAGGGCGUGGCGAGCCUGGCGGGCGCUGAAAGGUCAGGUGGGGUCACGACCUGCUGGCCCCGUCCCCUCUCCUUCCUGUCAAGGUAACGGACAGCUGGGGGCUGUAGUCCAGCCCACCCUUCCCUGGCAGGGGACACGGCGUCACGCGGCUCUGAGUGGAGCGUCGCCACGCCAGCCAGCAACAGACCAUCACAGUGCAGAGGAGGCUCCUCCGGGAACAGCAGGAGCAGAUCGCACGCCUGCAGGAGAUGGGAUUGAAGCAGGAGGCACCGAUUGCUCAGUUUGCUGUCCCAGCAGCCCAAGGGCCCAAAGGGAUGACCACAAAGAACCCAGGGCUGGAAGUGUCUCUCAGGGGAACGUUGGCCGCUCCUCAGCCUCCAGGAAACUAGCCGUCCGUCUGCCAUGUUGUCAUCCCACUGUCAUGGCCAUGGAGGAACGUGCUCGUCAGCGAGCGGAGCACAGGAGGAAGGUGGAGGAGCUGAAGACAAAGAAGGAAGAGGAGAGAAUAGCCCAGCUGAAAGCAGCAGAGGAGGAGAGGCAGAAGGAGGAGGAGGAACAGAAACGUAGAGUAGCUAAAAGGAGAGGGGAGGAGAAGAGACAAGAGAGAGAGAGGGAGCAGGAGAACCAGAGGAGGUUUGAGCGAGAGCAGCAGCUCCAGACCCAGGCCCAGCAACACUACCAUAGAACUCUGUUACUACGGCGAGGCAUGGCCCCAUGGAAGCGCAGAGUCGCCAUGAGCCAAGCCAACACUCAGCUGGCCAGGGCUCGUCACAGGCAGUCUCUCCUGAAACGGUGCAUCCUGUCCUGGCAGCAAGUAACAGGCGAGUCCCUGGCUCAGAAAUGGGCCUCUGCCAAACAACUGCAUCAACAUAUCCUGCUACGGAGGAGCCUGGGCAACUGGAAAAGGCUGAAGGACCACCGCAUGGUUGUAGAGGGGCGGGCCGACCGGUUCUGGCACAUGCACACUCUGAGGAGGGCUCUGAUCGCGUUACUAGAUCACGUGAACCAGGAGAGGAUGGUGGAGUGGGACCGGGAGCAGCAGGCUCAGGGACACAGUGAUAGGCGGGCGGUGCGGAGUUGUUUCCAGGCCUGGAGACGGUAUUCAGGGUGGCUGCGUGAGGAGAGAGAGAGGGAAACCAGGAGGGAGAAGCUGAGACGCAGAGUGGCAGAGGUCCUACCUGACUUUCGCUCCUCUCCUCUGAACUGUCAAUGGGGACAAGCUCUGCUGUGACUCACAGGACACACACAGGCAGUCAGACGGAAUACUUCAAUACACAAUAAUCCAGCAGAUGGGAGCCAAUAAAUGUGUCUUGUUGCUGGUGUAACAAGCACACACACACAGGCUGUUUGUCAUCCUUAAUGACCAGAGAAAGCUGGAUAUAACUUUAAUGAAGACCGUUUGGAAAACUUUUGUAACACUGAAGCGUAUGUUCAGGUUAUUGUUUUAUUUUGGGUAUCAUUGAAGUCACAGUUUGAUGUAAUUUGACAGAAGCUUGAAGGCAUCAAUAAGGAUUAUUUUUUAAAGUAUAUCACCAUAAGCCAGUUGCACUGUGGUUUGUGUGUCGGUUGUUUUUGUUGCUUUAUUCAGUUAAUGCAACAACACUAAUGAUGUCUGAUCCUGACCAGCCUCAGUCUACAGAGAUGUAUCAACAUGAUGCUGUUUAUUAAAAACCCAUGGCCUAUUUCUGAAGCUCACAGGGACAGGUACACACAAGAACAUCUAUUGGCAACAGCUGUUCCUUUCUACAGGAGUGUUAAUCAGUGUUGAAAGGAACAUCAUGGCCGGGGCCUAGGUUUUUUGGGGUCAAGUGGUUUGUUUGCGUUCACUCUCCCAGCAAAGAAAGGCACUACAACCAUGGUAGCACAACUAAAUUUAGGAGCACCAGAAAAGCAGAUGCUUUAAUUAAUGGAUUGAGAUAAAGCCUCUGAAUUCUAGCCAGUUUUGAAGCACAAUGCUGUGCCCUAGAAACUAAUGACCCUUUAAAGACAUUAUUAUAAAAAGCAAAAAUGUCGAUACAUUACCUGUCAUUUGUGGAAUAUUAUGUUUUUACAUUGGGCACUAUUGAAAAAUAUGGGUUGUUUAUGAAUUUGAAGGACCAAUAAGAAGGGCUAAACUUCGAGGUGCUGGGUUUUAGGCCGGUGGCGACAGGGUGUCUAUCGGAACACGAGGAAGCAGUAGUUCCAGUUCAAGGGGUUAAUUAAGCUC